GGCAUGCCAGGCCCCAGGAUGCCGGCCUGGGGGAUCCUGCCCGUCACGCUGCCCGCCUUCACCAUCACCGGCAUGUGGAUCGUAUAUGCCAUGGCACUGUCCAACAACCACAUCUGCCCUGUCCACAACUGGAGUUACAACCAGUCCUGUGACAUGGACGGCCCCAGCUCCUGCUGCACGCUGGAUCACAUCCCCCUCGUCAGCAAGUGUGGCACCCUGCCUCCCGAGAGCUGCUUCUUCAGCCUCAUCUGCAGCCUGGGCUCCUUCAUGGUCAUCCUGGUGGGCCUGCUGCGCUAUGCCCACCUCCUGGAGCGCCUGGGGCCGUCCCUCCUCAACACCCUGGGGCUGGCCACUGGCUGGGUCUGCGCUGCUGGCCUCACCAUGGUGGGCAACUUUCAGGUGGAUCACGCCAAGGUGCUACACUACAUUGGGGCAGGGGUGGCCUUUCCCACCAGCAUGCUGUUCCUGCUCCUGCAGUCCAUCCUCACCUACCGCAUGGCUAAAACCCGAGGGCAGUACUGGACCGGCCACUUGCGGAGCAUCCUCACCACCGUGGCCUUCUUCACCCUCGUCUUCAGUGGUGUGUUCUUCAUCCAGGAGAGCUUUGUGCUACAGCACGUGGCUGCCUUGUGUGAGUGGAUAUUCAUCAUUGAUGUCCUGGUUUUCUACGGCACAUUCACCUUUGAGUUUGGGGCCAUCUCCACAGACACCUUCCUGGUCCUGCUGAAAGCCAGCCGGGCCCCCAAAAGUUACAAAGGCGAGAGCAGCCUGUCCAGUACAGCCCACAUCCACAGCCACGUGGAGGGCCUGGCUAUGGCCUGACCCCCACAGGAGGCAGCCCACAGUGGAGACCCCAAAUUGGGCUCUGCCAGUGACUCCCCAUCUUGAAUAUUUCUGAAAACCCCGCUGCUGUGUGUUUGUGUGUGUGUGUGUUUGUGUGUGUAUGUGUUUGUGUGUGUGUGUGUGUGUUUGUGUGUGUGUGUGUAUGUGUUUGUGUGUGUGUGUGUGUGUUUGUGUGUGUGUGUGUGUGUGUGUAUGUGUUUGUGUGUGUGUGUGUUUGUGUUUAUGUGUUUUUGUGUGUGUGUGCCUGUGGGCCUGCGGUGCCCUCCACUCUCAGCAGGAGCUGUGUCCAGUGCUCCUCUGGCAGCUGCUGCCCCUGCAGGAGCUGUCCCCUCCCUGUCCACAGGGUUUGGGGUCACUGCUGGGCUGUGGGGAUGCCAUCCUGGUAUCAGCAGAGCCAGGAUCUGCCCCUGAGCCUCUGGGGUAACCUGGUGUGAGUCAGGCUGCUGAAGGCAAUCAUACUGAAGCUUCCUCCUGAAAGGGAUGUGGUGGGCUGAAAGGGGACGAGAUCUGUGUUCUUCCCACCUCCAUAGGGGUAAGCAAGCCUUCCAUCUGGCUACUGUGACUGUCAGAGGAGCCAAAAACACAGAGUGUCUUUUCCCUUGGGAAGUGGCUGCACUGUCAGUCUGUUUGAACCCCAGUGAGGAUGGCAGCAGGGGCUCUCUCCCUCCUGCCUUCCCAGGUGGGGGUGGUGUCUCACUCUGUUGCAGGAUGGCACCAGCAGCCCCAGCUGGACUGUGCUGACCCCUGUGCCCCAUGCCUGGGCUCUCACUGCUCAGGCCUUCUAUGCCAUCAGUCAAUGGCUUUUCCUGCAUUUUUUCAGCUUUGAGAAUUGCUGAGGCAGGUUUCACCUCCCUGGUCACAGCAUUUCCCUGCUUCCAGCUAAUUUGGGAAAUGAGUCUUCAAAUUUACCAUCAUGUAGGGGAUGUCCUGCAGGCACCGUGCCUGCUGGCCAGGGGACUUCUGCUCUGUGCUGCUGCCAGCCCAAGCUGUCCCAGGGAGUGCAGCCAUGGAAAGGGGGAGCACUUCUGUAGGAACAGAAGAAGCGUGUGCCCCUUUCUUCUGGGACUCCCAAAUCCGUCCUCUGGUGCCUUGCCCGCUGCCUGCCUGGCGGGAGCUCAUCCCGCUCAGCCGCAGCAUCCUUGGCGUGUCCUCGGCAGGGGGCUGAGGUGUCGAGGGCUGUGAGUGCUGUGUGUGCGUGCAUGUGUGUGUAUGCAUAG